AUGGAUCUGGAGAUCGUUGGGCGGCACGCCUUACUGUUCGACGACGACGCGACGGCGGAGGUUGUCAACUCCGGCGGCUCCCUUGUCCCCUGGGCGGCCGUCGGCGCGGCAGACCUCCUCCUCGACCGCCACGACGUGCGCCACCUGCUUGACCGCGUGCCCCCUCGCCCGCGCCGCGCCUACUCAGUGGCCCUCCUCUCCGCGCCCUCCCCCGACGGCGUCUCUGAGACCGAGCUCGAUCGCGAGCGCUACCUGGACCUCCCGGCUGGCGACGGCGAAUACGAGGGUUCUGGAGAUGCGGCCCCCUCAGGAAAUGGGACAGAUACUGGACAGGCUGAUUAUAAUGCUGUUCCUUUCUCAUAUGGAUAUCCUGCUGGUUCAGAUGAACCAAGUUCUUCGGACUUGUGUUAUCGCCCAUCAUUUUAUGUGCCAGAAAGCUUGUUGAAUAAGCUGAUGGUUGGAGCAGAGAUGAAGUUCCUACUAGUGAUGCACAUUGUUUCUUUGCAAUGUAUCUUGACCCUUCUUCUGAGAAGGCGAUCAGAUAAUUGCAAGAACAGCUUUAUUUGUCAGCGAGCAUGGGGACAGUCAGAGAUUGUAUUGAGGGUGAAACAAGGAGAUAAUCCAACAUUUGGAUUCUUGAUGCCUGAUCAUCAUCUCCACAGCUACUUCCGCUACCUUGUUGAUCGUCCUCAACUGCUGAAAGAUGGUGCUGAUGCUGUUGGCACGGAUAAACGUAAUACUGAGAGUGAGCAUGCUUCAUCUGGCGGGGCUUUAUCAUUGCUUGGGACCGCAUAUGACUCAGAAGAUGAGGAUGAAGGCACACUCCAUGGCCAUGUAAAAUCUGCAUCAAUUAUGCCUGACAAAAAAGAAUUAGGCAAAGAUCAGAAUGCUGCCGCUCCUGCAGUUAAGAGUAAAACAAUAUUGACAAAGAAGAAUCCAAUUAUUACUGACAACAGCAUUGUUGCUGUUCAGCGUGAAAAGGUUAAUGACACAAUUACAGCAUCAACUACAUCCAAAUCACAUACCAAUUCAGGCUUAUCUGAAACAAAAGAAAUGAUCCUUGAACCACCAUCUUUCAUGAAACGCACCAUGGAGAAAAUAAUUGAGUUUAUUCUGACGAAUGGGAAGAAGUUUGAAGAAAAACUGAUUGAGCAAGACAGAACAACUGGGAGGUUUCCAUUUCUUUUGUCUUCUAAUCCAUACCACUCAUAUUAUCUAAAGUUUCUCAGGAAACCCGAAGAGUCCAAGUCACGUGGUAGAAGUCCUACUCACAAGGACAGAAGAGGUUCUUCUGACUGGAGGGGCAGAAGAAGUCCUGAGAACGACGACAGAAGCUCCCAUGAGCGCGCCGACAGAAGCUCUCGUGAGCGCGUUGACAGAAGCUCUCGUGAGCGCGGCGACCGAAGAUGCUCAAUGGAGCGCAAAGACAGCAGUUAUGGCAUGGUAUCCAGUGCUUCUGAUAGAAGCUCAGCUGGACCAUCGGAGAAGCAGCUGUAUGACAAACAAGGGAAGGGUAGAUUCCAUCCUGUUUGUGGGGUCAAGAAGGAACCUACUCGGAAAGUCACUGCAGAUGAAGCUGCUGCUAUAGUAAUGGUGGCUACUCGUGGACUGGGUGCUGCAAAUGACUCACUUAACACCAUGAAAGGAACCAAGGACAAUGUUCGCACCCAUGUUAGUAAUGAUCCUUCUUCCAGCUUUGGAAGUUUCUCAUCUUUACAGGACCGAGAUGCACUGUCCAAACAUAUUUCAAAUAGUGAGGCUGAUGCUUCACUUACAAGUAGUGGACAGCCCCAAAAGGAAGGUUUUGGAAUUAUUGAUGAUGAUUGGAUUGCAAACACUAUUGCAAAAGCUGCUGCUGCUGCAGCCUCCAAAGAGGCAGAUUCUUCGGAAGCUUCCAUGACAAAGGAACAGAAGCUGAAAGCUGAGAGGCUUCGCCGUGCGAAGAUGUUUGCUGCAAUCAUUAAGAGUGGAGACAACAAGAUGAAUGAUUUAGCUGCAGCAUCGGAUCCAACUAGUGAAGCUGCCAAGGCAAUUCCUGAUACGAAUGUCUCUGGACUUGAUCUGCAAUCUGUGGCUAAGGAACGUGAAGGUAGCUCUGCCCCGUUUGAACAUGAAGGGCCAAACUUGACAAAGCAUAAUAAAGAUUCUGAUGAUGAACAGAACAGAGUGCGGAAGUAUAGAAAGAAACAUCAAGAAUCCAACGAGGAAGAAGAUGAAUCAGAGGAUAGCUAUAAGCACUCGAGGAAGAGGCAUCGCCCAGAGCAUUCAAGAGCCCGGAGUAAGGAUGUUCACAAACAUAAGCACAAGAGUCACUCCAAGGACAGGGAAUCCAGACAUCACAGACACCGUUAUAACUCUUCGGAAGAUGAGCAGGAGCAGGAGCGUCGGAGUUCCAAGUCAAGGCAUAGGCAUAGAGAUGAUCACCGCUACUCUGAUGAGGAGGAACACAGGAGGUCACAUAAGCAUAGGAGGAGGGAGCAUCACUCCAGUUCUAAAAGGAAGCUCGAGGAAGACCGAGACCAGAGUGAACAGUCCCAAGGUUGCUUAGAAGUGUCCCCGUCUAGAUCAGGUGCCAAGUUUGAAUCAGACAAGCUGCCUGAUGACACUGCACAAUCAACUCAGGGAACAACUGAAGUGCCCAGUGAAUUGAGAGCAAAAAUCAGAGCGAUGUUGCUCGAGAGACUGUAA